AUGACAAAGCCAUAUGAUUUAGUCGCUGCUCAGAAACUAGUCGAGACUUUCCGCGUCAAUAAACCGCAAAUUGUGCAAUGGCAUGAAGAAAUCUCGAGUCAUGCCGAGCAUCAAAACGUUGCGCGUUUAACCUAUGAUCUCAAAGUGGCAAAAGAAAACUUUUCGCAACAACGGUUUAAUCGGAUCGAGUUUGAAACGCAGGUUAAUUUUUACAAGAAUAUUGUGAAUCUAGUAAAGACAGAACUACUUUCGAAACGGGUCAAGACAGAUUCAUUAGCACAAGAAGCCACACAUGAUCAAAAAGCAGAAACCGAGUUGGAGCAAGUCAAUGCAGAAAAAAAGCAAUAUUUGAAGACAAUGAAGGAAGCUAUUGCACAAUUAGAAGGAGAAAUAUUGUGUAUGACUGCACCUUUUGCAGAAGACUAUGACGCUUUGUCGGCGAAUAUUGCAAAGAUUACACAACUAAUUGACGAUAUUACACAGAUGGAGAGCGAGCGGGACAAGUUGGACGAAGAUGAGCGAACUAAAAAGAAAUACACACCUGCCGAAGCCACGCGAAUAAUCGAUGAGCAAGUUGAAAAAAUACAAGAAAUAUACGAAGAUACACUGCGAGGACAGUCCGAUAUUUCAGAAUUACACAUUGAGCAUGACAGAUUGCAGCAAGAAGAAGCGAGCGUGACCUCAGAGUUGGAGGCAGCGGGAAAGCUUGCGGCUGAGGCUAAGAGGAUUAUGAAAAACAAUGAUAUCACAAUCGAGAGACGAUGUCAAAGGCUGAAAGAGUACACAGAAUUCUACUGCAGCGCAAUAGGAUUUCCGGUUCCGGAAAUGCACAGUUGA